AUGAUAACAGGUGGAACAUCAGGUAUUGGCUUUGCCAUUGCAGACCGAUUCUUGCAAGAAGGAGUGUCGUCAAUCAUUCUCGUCGGCAGGUCUCGGGAGCGUCUAGAAGCAGCAGCCACGAAUCUCCGCUCUCCGGAUAAAGUACGACUCCUCGUCGGAGAUGUAGCAGAAGCCGGGACAUGGAUGCGUGAGCUUGAAAAAGAAAUGACCAAUGUGGAUAUCCUUGUCAACGCCGCAGGAAUCUCUGUUACAAAUAUCCUCCCCCGAUCCGAGCUAGAGGAUAUCUCCAAGAUCCUGCGCACAAAUCUCGAAGGCGCCAUACUGACUUCACGAGCAUUGAUGCGUGCCGCAAUUCGCAGCCGCGUGCGCAACCGAAAUGCCGCAGAGGGAGAGAAAAAGCCUUCUUCUAAAUGUAUCAUCAACAUCUCCUCAUUGUUAGCCCUCAAGGCAGGAACGGGCGCUGUGCCUUAUGCUGCAUCAAAGGCUGGCCUUUUGGGAUUGACCCGGUCGCUGGCUGUUGAGGCAUCGGCUUCGUUGAAGGAUGUUGUGAUCCGGUCCAAUGCUAUUCUCCCAGGGUACAUUGAGACUCCUAUGAUCGCAGACUUCACACCCGGUGAAGUCGGGAGACUGAACGAUAUCAUACCUCUUCAUCGAUUCGGGAAACCGAGUGAAGUGGCCGAUGCGGCUGUCUUCCUAGCGCAAAACGAAUAUGCCAAUAAUUGUGUGCUCAACCUUGAUGGCGGGUUAAGUGCAGUCUGA